CCGCCGACGACCUCAAAGUUCAAACUCAGGCACUCAGCUCACAACCCAAUCUAUGUCUCUGGUACUUUCUAGCUAAGUCGCUCUGACACAGUUGAGCUAGCAAUGACUGCUGAUAGCACUCUCGACUUGGCAGAUAUAAAAAGUUUUUGUCCAUGCAGGGACACUGAAAUUGAAGAGCUCCAUGCGGUUCUCACAAAUCUACCACGCCCAAGCAGCUUACUCGUAUAUGGGCAGCAUCAGACUUGCAAAACGCGCCUGUUGAGCACUUACCUAGCUCAAGCGGCAAAGUCAGGAUUGUCGCAUCUACAACGGGUAGCGAGACUCGAUGUCAGGCAAUGCAUUACGCAACGAUCGUUUUACGAGCGUACCAUCGAUGAGAUCCUUGGAACAACAAUCAUGUACAACAGAGACGGGAGGCUAGAGUCUGACUCGGUGGCGAUAGAUAACCUGGAUGCAUUCCACAGACGGCUCGUGCGAGUUUUAAGCACAGAUGAUCAGCAAGAUACAAUCAUUGUCUUUGAUCACUUUAGUCUAACGCAGUUCGACAACUCCGAAGCCAUCAUGACGAUGAUUGUGGAAGUUCUCCAGUCAUGCAAGGGUAAUGCAACGGCAAUCUUUGUCGUGUCGAGAUACAGUGAUGUGCCACGCACAUUAUCGCUACCGACCAUUCAUUUUCGAUUAUACACGCCAGCGGACAUCUUGACUAUCUUGAAGCAAGACGCUGAGCGGGCUUACGAGCAGGCCGAUGAAGUUGACUCUGCUCUUUGGCCAAGCAUCUGGCAGCAUUAUUGCCAGACGAUCUACGGCACCUUUGUUGAGCUCGUGGGCCAUGAUUUGCAAUUAUACAGACUACUCGCCAAAAAGCUACUGCCUGCAUAUCUCGAACCUGUUCGUCAGGGUCGUCUAGAAGCCACCAAUCAUGUGCAACUCGCGAGAGCAGCUCAAGCCGCCAUGGCGAGAGAAGCUUGGAUCACGGAGGAAGAGCAAAUCACAGAAGAUCAAUCUGGUCUCACUGUUCAGCAGCGCAAAAUGGCCCAUGAAAGUGAAUUAUCGGUGAGCACACGCUAUUUAUUGGUUGCUGCCUUUCUUGCGUCUUAUAAUCCAGUGCGAACAGAUGUCAUGUUCUUCAGCAAAGGUCGAGGCCCUGCAAAGAAACGCAGAGCAGCUGUUGGCAAACAUGCAAAAGCAGAACAAUUGCCUCAAAAAGUACUUGGCCCAAAAGGCUUUCCUAUUGAGCGUAUGAUUGCGAUUUAUCAUGCCAUCUCGCCAAGAACUGUCCCUGACGAUGUCACAAUCGACCAGCAGGCAAGUCAUCUUCAGUGCUUGUAUCAAAGUUAACCUUCAGAUUGCCACAAUUGCUUCGCUGAAGCUGAUACAGAGAAUUGGAAGUUCAUCAGCUGACUUGCUCG